GGAAGUGGCGUCACUUCCGUCUCCCGCCGCCUGCCGGGAUCGUGGCGGAGCGGCGCGGCGGCUUCCGGUGACUGGGGGUCGCGGAGCGGAGCGCGGGCCCCGCCGCCAUGUCGACGUCGCUGGGCUCCAACACCUACAACCGGCAGAACUGGGAGGACGCGGACUUCCCUAUUCUGUGCCAGACAUGUCUUGGAGAAAACCCGUAUAUCCGAAUGACCAAAGAAAAAUACGGAAAAGAAUGCAAGAUUUGUGCCAGGCCUUUCACAGUAUUCCGCUGGUGCCCUGGUGUUCGUAUGCGUUUCAAGAAAACAGAAGUAUGCCAGACAUGCAGCAAACUGAAGAACGUCUGUCAAACCUGUCUGCUUGACCUGGAAUAUGGUUUGCCAAUCCAAGUCCGGGAUGCAGGACUCUCCCUUAAGGAUGAAAUGCCUAAGUCUGAUGUCAAUAAAGAGUACUACACCCAAAACAUGGAACGAGAGAUAUCCAAUUCUGAUGGCACUAGACCAGUUGGUGCGCUAGGAAAAGCUACUUCUACCAGCGACAUGCUGCUGAAGCUGGCUCGGACCACCCCUUACUAUAAACGUAACCGCCCUCACAUCUGUUCCUUCUGGGUAAAAGGAGAAUGCAAGAGAGGAGAGGAGUGUCCCUACAGACACGAGAAACCGACAGAUCCAGAUGAUCCUCUGGCUGAUCAGAACAUCAAAGAUCGUUACUAUGGAAUUAAUGAUCCUGUGGCUGAUAAACUUCUGAAACGAGCAUCAACCAUGCCGCGUCUAGACCCUCCUGAUGACAAGACUAUUACUACACUGUAUGUUGGAGGGCUUGGAGAUACCAUCACUGAAUCGGAUCUCAGAAAUCACUUCUACCAGUUUGGGGAGAUUCGGACGAUAACUGUAGUACAGAGGCAGCAGUGUGCUUUCAUCCAGUUUGCCACCCGGCAAGCUGCGGAAGUGGCAGCUGAGAAGUCCUUCAACAAACUCAUUGUCAAUGGUCGCAGGCUCAAUGUCAAAUGGGGAAGAUCCCAGGCAGCAAGAGGAAAGGAGAAGGACAAGGAAGGUACCACAGAAUCCGGGAUAAAGCUGGAGCCAGUUCCAGGACUUCCUGGAGCUCUCCCCCCUCCUCCAGCUGCAGAAGAGGAGGCUUCUGCAAAUUACUUCAACCUACCUCCAAGUGGCCCUCCAGCUGUGGUUAACAUUGCCUUGCCACCUCCUCCUGGCAUUGCUCCGCCACCGCCUCCAGGUUUUGGACCACACAUGUUCCACGCCAUGGGGCCCCCGCCUCCCUUCAUGAGAGCCCCGGGGCCCAUUCACUACCCGUCUCAAGAUCCCCAGAGGAUGGGUGCCCACGCGGGAAAGCACAGCAGCCCCUAGCACGUCGUGCCACCCUCGUUGUUAAAGUAAAUGUUAUUUUCUAGUUACCAUGGUAGCACCAUAUGUUGAGCUGUGGGUGAGCUAGAGAAGCCUUAUUUCCCUGCUUGCAGACACUGGGCAAGCUGAGCUCCGUGUCUCCGCUAGCUGAUCGGAUUGUUGAUACAUCCCAGGUCUUUCAUUUAGUGGAAGGGGGGGUUGGGGGGGUGGGGGACAGACAGGAGGGCUGUCGGGGAGUCUGUGGAUCAGGUACACCAGAGUCACAGUGCUAUCUGUGUAUCCCGUUGGCACACUUUUGAAAUAAAUGUCUGGAAAAACAAAACCAAACCUUCAAGCCCCUUUGAUAUCCUCAGUCUGAACACUGUGGACUAUUUAAAUGUAACCGGAGACUCUGUCAGGUAACUAAUGACUUAUUAUUCUAAUGGGGUAUUAAACCAGGACUGAAUAAGAGUUGAAAAACAAGCUUAUCGGACGUGCCAAACCCAUGGCUUUGCCUUACUAAUGCCACAGAAUUUUCCUCCCUCUGUUUGCCUGACUUCUUGCUUAAAAAACACCCAACCCAACCUAAUCGUGCACAUGCUGAGCAAGGUAAGUGUUAGGUCACAGGAGCAGCCCCCAGGUAGCACAGCCUGAGGUGCAGUGGCAGGUUAGCAGUUCCCCUUUUUUGCUUGGUGAGGGCUGUGGGGGGAGGACACGGUGCAGCUGCAAGCUUGUCCAGGGUAUGUUUGGAGCACAACUGAGGCUUUCGAGGCCUGUGGAUACAGUCUCCUCUUAAAUUGUGAACUGUUUCGAUAAGACAUGAAACUUUUCUUUCUGUGCUCCAACUAUAGUGUUUGCCCAGGAGCAGCCGUGUCCUGCAUGGAGCCUGCCGUUGAGUAAGAUGUAUGUACACGUGUCUGGAGGAUUUUAAUUUAUCUGUAUGUCAGCUGCUGCUUUCAUGCAGUGGAUCUGUGGACAUCUUUCUGUAAAGCAAAACGUGAUGGGACCUGUUCUGAAGCUUCAUUUGCUUGUUUU